AUAUAUAUAUAUACAUAGUUAGAGAGAGAGAGAAAGAAAAAACAAAGCAAAUCAAAAGGAACGUUUUAUAUCGUCGCGUCGGCCGCAUCUGAGAAGGGGCGGAGGGGGGAGGGGGAGGGGGCUUUUAAAUAGCCCCGUUUGAUAUAUGUGCCGAUACGUGAGCACGUCCGUUCGUCGUGCGGUGCUUCUCGCGCAUGGGUGAUAUGUUAUUGGAGAUGGAGCAGCAUUCGGGCCUGAUAUCCCUGAGCAUGUCGCCGUUCCACCUGAGUCCGCAGGGCAGCCCGCAAGCCACCGCAGGGCAGCAGCCCCCGCAACAACAGUCGCAGCCGCAUUACGGCUCGUCGGCUUAUAGCAGUUGCGCGCAGAGCUCGCCAUCGCCCAUGUGCCAUCAGCCGCAAUCCCAAUCGCAGCAGCAGCAGCAGCAGCAGCAGCAGCAACAAAAGUCGGUUCACAAUCAGGCGGGACAGUCGCAGGGUAUGUCCAGUUUCGAGGCCGCCUUCUUCGAUUCCGCCCCUCUCGAGGAUCUUCGGUGUCCCAUGUGCGGCCACAAGAAUAUAUCCAGCUAUCAGCUCGGUCUGCAAGGUCUCCUCACGUGUGAGAACUGUAAGAAUUUCUUCAAGCGCAACGGUUCACCGUGCAGCAACAAAAAGGUCUACACGUGUCUUUUUCCUCAAACGGGGAGUAACGGCGGUGGCGGCGGCGGCGGCGGCGGUGGCAACGGCGGCGGUGGCAACGGCGGCGGUACUGCCGGAGGUGGUGGUCCAGGCGCGGCUAACGCCACGGUCAGCGGCGGAGGACCGGCCACCGCCACGGGAAGUGGCAACGUCGCCGCCGGUGCGGUCCCGACCGGCGGCGGUACCAUGUGCCACCCUGGACUGGUCGGCCAGGUCGGCAUCGUCACCGGCUCGAUACCCUGCCCGUCCGAUUUCCCGGAUACCAAGGAUAUCAUCAUCGAGGAGCUGUGCCCCGUCUGCGGCGACAAGGUGUCCGGUUAUCACUACGGUUUACUCACCUGUGAGUCCUGUAAAGGAUUCUUCAAGCGCACCGUCCAGAAUAAGAAGGUCUACACGUGCGUCGCUGAGAGGUCCUGUCAUAUCGACAAGACGCAGCGGAAACGGUGUCCCUACUGCCGCUUUCAGAAGUGCCUCGAGGUCGGCAUGAAGCUCGAAGCUGUGCGGGCGGACAGAAUGCGAGGCGGUAGAAACAAAUUCGGGCCCAUGUACAAGAGGGAUAGAGCGCGGAAGCUGCAGCUUAUACGUCAACGGCAACUGGCGAUCCAGACGAUACGCGGCAGCCUCGGUGACCCGAACAGCUACUCGACCGCGGUCGCGCCCUUGAUGCACAUCAAGCAGGAGAUUCAAAUACCUCAAGUCUCGAGUCUGACCUCGUCACCGGACUCGAGCCCGUCCCCCGCGACCGUGGCCGCGGGCCUGGUCACGACGCAAGCCGGCGGCAGUGGCAGCGGGGCUGGCCAGCACCAGCUGAUCGCGCCGUCCAGCCAACCCAACAUCGGUACCAGUGGUGCUGGUGGCGGCGGCGGCGGCGGCGGCGGCGGCGGCGGCGGUGGUGGUGGUGGUGGUGGUGGUGGAGGCGGAGGCGGGGGUGGCGGCAAUCACUUGCACAAUCUUAACCCUGGUCUGGACAGCAGACUCUGGGCCGCCAACUCAACUACCCCUGGCACGAAGGUCUUCAACUUCGGCGAGCAAUCCGUGCAGCCACACGGCGGCGGGAUGCCGAGCUACGCGUCCAAUCCCGUUGUCGCUCUUAAGACACUUAGUCCGAUGAUAAGGGAGUUCCUGUCGUCGAUCGACGACCGCGAGUGGCAAACGUCUCUCUUCGGACUCUUGCAAAGCCAAACGUAUAAUCAGUGUGAAGUGGACUUGUUUGAAUUAAUGUGCAAAGUGCUCGAUCAAAAUUUGUUUUCGCAGGUAGACUGGGCUAGAAAUUCGACGUUCUUCAAAGAUCUCAAGGUUGACGAUCAAAUGAAGUUGCUACAACAUUCUUGGUCGGAUAUGUUGGUGUUAGAUCACCUUCAUCACAGGUUACACAAUAAUCUACCCGACGAGACGACACUUCACAAUGGCCAAAAGUUUGAUCUUCUCUGUCUCGGCCUACUCGGAGUUCCUUCCUUGGCCGAAACCUUCAGGGAACUAUCCAAGACACUUCAAGAACUAAAAUUCGACGUUCCCGAAUAUAUAUGCAUGAAAUUCCUAAUGCUGCUGAAUCACGAUGUCCGUGGACUAGUGAAUAAGAAACAUGUGCAAGAAGGUCACGAGCAGGUUCAACAGGCGCUUAUGGAAUACACGCUAAGCCAUCACCCAUCUGUACUGGAUAAAUUUAAUAAGCUGUUAGCAGUAUUACCGGACAUUCACGAAGUAGCAACCAAGGGAGAAGAGCAUCUUUAUCAGAAACAUUGUAAUGGAGGCGCACCAACGCAAACGCUUCUCAUGGAGAUGCUUCACGCCAAGAGGAAAUGAAACGAUCAGUUUUACUUGGUAAUCUUUGCCAUCGAAUAAAAAAAAGCCCGUUAAUAUAUUCAUACAUAAUACAUCAUAUGUAUACAUAUGUAUGUAUAUAUAUAUGUGCGUGUAUGUAUGUAUAUGUGUAUCUCGAAAGUCCUGUUAAUGCCCCUAAUCGUGAGACAGAGUGGACCUCAAAGUACCUAUUAAGAGCUAAAUGCUGCUAAGGUAUCGGACCAAGUAAAGGGGCCCUGGUUCAUGAAAUACCUGUGCAUACAAAUCAAGUAUAGAUGUACAUUAUUUUACACACACAUACACACACACACAUAUACACACACACACACAUACAUAGAAUAUAUGUAUUAUAAAAUGUAUCUAAAUAUAUAAACACAAUGACAUAUAUUUUCUAUAUUUGAUGUUGAAGUUUUAGAGAUGUAUCCGUGGGGAAAAUUACCCCUAAUUAAUGGGUAUAAGCGCAGGGAAACAGUAAGCAAGAUGCCUUGAAAACAGUACAAAGGGUGGUUAACAAAAAAUAUUGGUCGAAGGGCAGGCAACUUUUGUCUAAAUAAGUAAAGCUAUUUUUCUAAUACUUAGAGGCGAAUUUAUUUUUAAGCAUACCACACUGAAGCCUUGCUCUCACUCAAAUGAAAUAUAUCGUACUGCUAAAAGAGAAUCAAAUUCUCUCUCCAGAUCAAUCGUGCUUCUGCAAGGGAUUCAAUGGGCAUACUUGAAUGACAAUGAACUUGCAUGUGAUAUACAUAUAUGUUUGUCGCACGGCCACCUGGGCAUCCUUAGAAUUUCCUAUAAAGAAAAAAAUAUGCAUUUUUGUCACACUUGCACUCAGCGGGGCUACUAUAUUGUAAAUACUAGUUAACAUUCCAAUUAUGUUGUAAAGUACAGAUCAUGUUAAAUAUGUAAUUACAAUAUUUUGUGUAUAGUUGAAUAAUGAAAUGAAUAAAUAUAUUUCUGUUGCUUACUUGAGGAAAAUCAUUAGCUACUUAAUAUCUUCACUAAUUUUAGGAUCUUAUUCAUGUAUUUUUCUUUAUUACUUCUCAAAUAGGUGGCGGAAAGGAAUAACUACAAAUUGCGAUAUUUUACUAUUGUAUGUUGUAUCAUAAUAAAGAUUCUGUUUAAGAAAUAAAAGAAUCAUUGGAGCAAGGUUUAUGUGGUCCUAUAUUGUCUAGCGAUUAAUUCUAAAUGCAUAAGAUAAUAUUAAACGUAUCGCAGU